AUGAAGAGUUAUGUCCUGCACUGGUUCCUCAGCCACGCUGAGAACAAUCACAGCUAUAAGUAUCAAGGUCACCAAGGUCAGAAACACUAUCCUCAGAACCUUUUAAGGCAUCAUCCUCUCUUCUCUUCCCUGUCUCCUCAUAAAGAUCUGUUGUAAUUUACAGAGAGUGCACUAACUAAGCCCCCCACCAAUACCUAACCACAAUAACAUGACUUACAGCAGCACCGACCGGCACAAUGGGCCAUGUGUGGUCACUGUUUUCCAGUCAGGGAGGGCAGGGUGCAGGCCUAUUGUGCCUGUGAGUGUUUCCUCUCCCCACCUUUGAUUCUGUCUGCGCUGUAGAUCAGAAUGGCUUCCUGUGACUCGGAGCCACCCAGCUGGAAAAGCAGCUUGGAGGAAAGGGUACCAAUAUGACCGCUCUGUGUUUGUGUUCUCCUUUGAACUCUAACCCAGAUUAGUGUUGAUUGGCCGAUACAUACUGGGCUCAUGUUCUGUAUCGCUUCCCCACAGAGCCUGAGAGUGUUUUUGUGUGUGUGUGUGUGUGUGUGUGAGUGUGCGCAUGUGUGUGUGAAUUGCUGUGUGUGUGAUCUUUCAACUGUUGACUUCUCAUGGAGGUUUAAUUUGAGAGCGUCCCUCCCUUUGCCAGGAGCACUGUUCUUGAAAAAGGACAUUUUAAAAUGUAUCUGCAGUCUGCCGGGGUUCCACUGGCACAGACACAAUUAAGAUGCCUCAGACACCCCAAUGUAUCACUCAAGGUUUAAGGAGCAGUUAAGGACAUUUCUAUAUACUGCACUGUCGCUGAGCCACCACUUCUGUGUGGAAUGCCUUCUCCAAGUCUACCUGUAAAAAGGUUCAUAAUUAUAUAGGCUAGUUGGCAGCAGAUUUCCAUGACCGUUUGACUUCACUUCACUUUAUUUGGAUAUCUUUGAUAAGUAAUUUUGAAUCGGGUAACAUGUUUUGUAAACCACCUGUGUAUAAUACAUUUAUAACACCUUAUACAGUUGCUGUAAGCAUUCUUUACAGUUCAUGGCUCUUGAUAGACAUACUGUACAUGUUUCUGUAAGUAUAUUCCAAAGCCAUUACACAGAGGUGGUAUAUAUAAAUAGUUACUAGUCUUUCUUGACUUUUGCUCCUGUCAUUAUAUCCCCAUCUGUGGGUGUUGUCUCCUGGCUAUCACCACAGUGUGUCAGCAGCAUAGUAAUAAACCCCAUCAGCUCAGGAGACCUACCUGCCUUCAUUAGAAGGAAUUUCUCCCUCUGCCUCCGCUGAUGCCUCCCUAAAGCCAAUUCGGCUUAUGAGACACUAAUGAUUAAUUUCACAAAGUCAUAUUCAGCCACUUCCAAAAAGUGCUGUGUUUCCUCCCUCUUUUUGUUUCAGACUUGAUGGUAUUUCUAUGAAAACAAGCAGCGGGACGGCAGGUCAGAUCCACUCAGCAUUGGUGGAGGAUGAUUCUCUCCACUGGGCUGUAAUGUUUUUACUGUUAUUAUACUUUUUACUAUGGAUGUUUAGCGAGUCUGCUCUAUAGAAUAAUAUCUACUGUAGGUUACCAAUGACUGCAGCAUUGUGGAGAUUACCUCAUACACUAGAUAAGAGAGUGUUACAGGAUGCCAACAAUUGUGCUCCACCAGUGGGUUUUACCAUGGUUGAAAAUCUGUAAAUGCUCUGAGAGUAGACCACUAGCCAUGACUGACAUGAGGUCAGAGAGACCAGGACUGAGUCACAUCAUCCCCUGCUGACCUCCUCUUGUCACGCCUGCUCCCGCUCCCCCUCCCUGACGCUCGAGGGCGCCAGGCUGCCAAUCAUUACACACACCUGUCACCAUCGUUACACGCAUCAGCGCUCAUUGGACUCACCUGGACUCCUUCCCUUUGUUAAUUACCUCCCCUAUAUCUGUCUGUUCCUCUGUUUGAUCCCUGUGUCACCAUUGAUGUUGUUUUGUUUCCCCUGUCCAGACGCUGUCUGUGUUUUCUUCCAUGUUUUUAUUUAUUAAAUCAUCACCCUGUACUUGCUUCCUGUCUCCCAGCGUCUGUCGAACCGAGAUCGUUACAGAAUGCAGACACACAAAAUUGGAAGCAUCAGGAAGUUUUUGUUUUGUUUUUGCUGGGGUUGGUGACGUCGAGUCCGGAUGCCGCGGCCGAAGGAACCGGGGGUGCCUCAGCUGGCUUGUCGGGCUUCCAUGCCUUAGCUGGCUCGAGAGGUUUCCUUGCCUCGGUUGGCUCGGCAGACUCCCAUCCCACGUCAUGCCUCAGCCGGCUCGUCAGGCUCCCACGCCUCAGCCGGCUCGUCAGGCUCCCACACCUUGGCCGUCCCGUCAGGCUCGACAGGUUCCCGCGCCUCGGCCAGCUCGGGAUGUCCUUGUUCCAUCGCGCUCUAGCGACUCCUUGUGGUGGGCCGGGCGCAUGCACGCUGACUUCGGUCGCCAAUUGUACAGUGUUUCCUCCGACACAUUGGUGCGGCUGGCUUCCGGGUUAAGCGAGCAGUGUGUCAAGAAGCAGUGCGGCUUGGCAGAGUUGUGUUUUGGAAGAUACAAGGCUCUCGACUUACCCUCUCCCGAGUCCGUACAGGAGUUGUAGCGAUGGGACAAGGCUAACUACCAAUUGGGGAGAAAAAGGGGUAAAAAUUACCCACAAAAAAUAAGAACAACAACUGCAAAAAAAGCUAAAUGUAUUACUCCCUAGAAGAUCAUAUAUAUAGUACAUUGUAUGUAGCCAGGUUCCGCACUUCUAUAUUUUUUACCCCCCAAUUUCGUGAUACCCAAUUGGUAGUUACGAUCUUGUCUCAUCACUGCAACUCCCCUACGGACUCGUGAGAGGCGAAGGUCGAGAGCCAUGCGUCCUCCGAAACACGACUCUGCCAAGCCACACUGCUUCUUGACACACUGCUCGCUUAACCUGGAAGCCAGCCGUACCAAUGUGUAAGUGGAAACACCGUUCAACUGACAACCGAUGUCAGCUUGCAGGUGCCCGGCCCGCCACAAGGAGUUGCUAGAGCACGAUGAGACAAGGAAAUCCCCGCCGGCGAAACCCUCCCCUAACCCGGACGACGCUGGGCCAAUUGUGCGCCGCCCCAUAGGUCUCCCAGUCACAGCCGGCUGUGACACAGCCUGGGAUCGAACCUGAGGCUGUAGUGGCACCUCAGCACUGCGAUGCAGUGCCUUAGACCGUUGCACCACUCGGGAGGCCAAGGUUCAGCACUUUUGAGAAAUACACAUCAAAAGACUCAAGGCAAACAAUUUAACUUAACUGUCACUAGCAUGUGCUUUCAGGGUACUGUAAGAAUUCAAUCUGGAUUGUGGUGUACACUUUUUUAACUGUAGUAAAUACUACUGUAUUGAAUUUGCAUAUACCCUACACAUUCCCCUCCCCCAUAUCUCAAUUUGUGCCACCCAUAAGUGAGAAACUUACAUGCUAAGUAUAGAUCAUAUAUUGUGUUCCAUACAGAUUAUAAGAAAGAGCAGAAGCUCUAAACUAUCCGUUCAGACCCUAGUCCUAACUACCUACAGUUUAUGGAAAAUGUUCUCUUUUAGUAUAUCUCCAAUAGGGUUCCUCAAGGACAAAGCCUCCACUUCUAUGUCAAAGAUAACAAAACAAAAACACUAUAGUACAUACUAUAGUAUAUUACAGUCUGCAAAAACACUACAGUAAAUACUACAGUAUACUACAAUCCGCAAAAACACUACAUUAAUUACUAUUAUGUUUUACUACAGUAUUUAUAUUAUAGUUAACUGUAAAUACUACAGUAUACUACAGUAUUCACUGUAGUGUUUUUGCAGACUUUAGUCAAUACUACAGUAAAGUCCGCAAAAACACUGAAGUGAAUACUAUAGUAUUUAUACCAUAGUAUACUAUAGUAUUUUCUUCAUGUGGGCAGUUGUCGUUCUGCAGAGCCCAGGAACAGACAGCAGAAAGUAGAGUUCAACCAGAGGUCAGAAUCAAUCCAGAGGUCAUGGUACACUAUAUAUACAAAAGUAUGUGGACACUCCUUCAAAUUAGUGGAUUCGGCUAUUUCAGCCACACCCAUUGCUGACAGGUGUAUAAAAUCGAGCACAAAGCCAUGCAAUCUCCAUAGACAAACAUUGGCAGUAGAAUGGCCUUACUGAAGAGCUCAGUGACUUUCAAUGUGGCACCGUCAUAGGGUACCACCUUUCCAACAAGUCAGUUCGUCAAAUUUCUGCCCUGCUAGAGCUGCCCCGGUCAACUGUAACUGCUGUUAUUGUGAAGUGGAAGCGUCUAGGAGCAACAAAGGCUCAGCCGCGAAGUGGUAGGCCACACAAGCUCACAGAACGGGACCGCCGAGUGCUGAAGAGCGUAAAAAUUGUCUGUCCUCGGUUGCAACACUCACUAUCGAGUUCCAAACUCCCUCUGGAAGCAAUGUCAGCACAAUAACUGUUCGUUGGGAGCUUAAUGAAAUGGGUUUCCAUGGCCGAGCAGCCGCACACAAGCCUAAGAUCACCAUGCGCAAUGACAAGAGUCGGCUGGAGUGGUGUAAAGCUCGCCGCCAUUAGACUCUGGAGCAGUGGAAAUGCAUUCUAUCACGCUUCACCAUCUGGCAGUCCAACGGACAAAUCUGGGUUUGGCGGAUGCCAGGAGAACGCUACCUGCCCAAAUGCAUAGUGCCAACUGUAACGUUUGGUGGAGGAGGAAUAAUGGUCUGGGGCUGUUUUUCAUGGUUCGGGCUAGGCCCCUUAUUUCCAGUGAAGGGAAAUCUUAACGCUACAGCAUACAUUGACAUUCUAGACGAUUCUGUGCUUCCAACUUUGUGGCAACAGUUUGGGGAAGGCCCUUUCUUAUUUCAGCAUGACAAUGCCCCUGUGCACAAAGCGAGAUCCAUACAGAAAUUAUUUGUCAAGAUCGGUAUGGAAGAACUUGACAGGCCUGCACAGAGCCCUGACCUCAACCCCAUCGAACACCUUUGGGAUGAAUUGGAACGCCGACUGUGAGCCAGGCCUAAUCGCCCAACAUCAGUGCCCAACCUCACUAAUGCACUUGUGGCUGAAUGGAAGCAAGUCCCCGCAGCAAUGUUCCAACAUCUAGUGGAAAGCCUUCCCAGAAGAAUGGAGGCUGUUAUAGCAGCAAAGGGAGGACCAACUCCAUAUUAAUACCCAUGAUUUUGGAAUUAGUUGUUCGACGAGCAUGUGUCCACAUACUUUUGGUCAUUUAGUGUAUAACCAGUCCUGAGAUGCCAGGGUUCAUUGUAGCUGAUUCCCUUUGUGACCUCACAGACGGAUCCCAGGCCAGAAUUCUGCCUCUGGACAGGUCUGCUUUCUAACAUAUUCCUACUAACCAGACCUGACCAGACACACACAUCAUCUAGCAGGCCACUACACAUCUACUACACACCCUGUUCAGCAGAUCAUUCCCACCUAGCAUGUCCAUAACGAUGCUCCCACAAAGAGUGAUUCCCUAUGAGGUGGGGCUCUGACAGUAGUGCUGAUACCCCUGUCCACCUUGACUAAAGAAGGGGCUAUUUUUAGAGAGGGACGUGGUAGGAGGUUUCUCAGAGGGAGACGUCCAUUAUUCAUUAACGCUGUGCGUGUCAGCUCUCUCUCUUUCACUGUCUGUGUGUUCAGCUCUAUCAGAGAGGUUAGGGCUCUGCUGCCGCAGCCCCUGUUCUCAAUCACUCUUCUAUAGUGCUCUGCACCCUCCACAGGCACAUGUCCAUCUCUGUGUUUCCAUGGAUGUUUAAAUUAUUCAUGGCAGGGCCAUUACUGGGAAUGCUCGUCCCCCUUUACGCUCCAUCCCUGAAAAUCCAUCAGGACGAGACAGGUGAUCCACGCAGGACAUUUGCCGGAAUUCCUCUGCGGUGGAGUGAAAGUGCCCAGGUUCCUGAACACUGGUAUGAAUCACUAUGGGUGACAUUUGGGUUAAUUAUUUAAGACCUCACUAGAGGACAGACCAUUCUGUUAAUGUGUGUGAUUGCAGGCUCUCAGUCAGCACCACAAUGAAAUAAAGUCCUGUUGUGAUCCUUAUCUAUCUUGGUGUUGUCAUUACACUCUGUGGAGAGCUGACGAUGGGUGAAUGUUUCCGACGGGAAUCACUGUGCUUCUCAGUGCUACCAGUGCCAAGUCCGUUUUUAAUGGCAUCUCAACCGGGGAAUUGUGUUUACUGUGUGAAGUGAAUGGCCUCGAGCGUGGUGGAGCGUUGUAAGAUCAGGGAGUUUGUUUGCACUGUAGCGCUUAUUAUCUCGAUUUUAUCCUUCAAUUUUACACUUACCAAUGUCUGGACACGGACUUAAAUCGCUGUCAAAACUGUCUGGCAUGCUCUGGUGGUUACAGAAAAUGACCCCUUUGAGCCACCGUCCACUUUCGCUAGCCGAUAACAAUGCUGAAGUAUUUUUCUCUGGUCAGUCAGCUCAGGAAUAACAAUAGAUUAACUCUGUGACCCCCCCCCCCCGUUGACAGUGCUGCGCUAGCGACUAGGCCCUAGUCCUUCCACUCAGUUGUAUCUUUGUAAUUUAUCUAAAUCCUAGAAAUCAAUUACUCCGCUGUAGGGGCCAGGGUGAGGGAUUGGAGUUUUAAUGUUCUCCUUACUCCCGGGGUAUCGGCACACGCCUCUCCUGGCAUUGAGGCUUUUGGAUUAAGCAAGGUUGACAAUUUCACAACUUAACAUAUCUUGGGUAUUAGCGGUCGCACGUUACUACUACAUGAUUAGUUAUAUUUUGUGCAUUAAACUGACAGUGGCUGAAAUUCCUCCAUGUUCUCUUUUCAGACUUCAUCAAUGUCCUCAUGUCCUCUGUGCCCAGUCAAGUGCCCCUUCACAAUAAUCAUUCACUUUGUAAAGUGUGGUCUUAUACUGUAAAUAGAUACAGCAGAGUACUUUCUUUAGAAGGGACUUUCACUAGAACUGUUUGAAAGGACACUUUGAUAAGCCAUUGGAAUAAGCCAAUCAAAUAAUAAUCUGAUCUAACAUUUACUGUGAUCCCUGUAUAGAUCUACUCUAUGUCCAUCCUGAACACAAACUUGUGACCAAUGACCAUGCUUUUCUUCAUGUGGUUCUACUGUAUGUUUGCGAUAUUGUACUGUAUCUGUGACUGAAAUUAUUUUCAAGGGGAUAAUUGCUGAUAAUAAUGUCAAUUUAUUUUAUUUUACUUGAUAUAAUCUUUAAGGAUGCCUACUGGGCACACACUGGUUGAGUCAACGUUGUUCACAAAUCAUUUCAAUGAAAUUACGUUGUACCAACGUGGAAUAGACGUCUGUGCCCAGUGGGUAGUUGCUUUUAAUGGCAAUAUUUGUUGACCAAAUUAAAUUCAGCUUAUUUUACUCAAUUUAGAUGCUGAAGUGUCUGAGGUUGUUGUGAUGCCUCCCACCACCCCUACCAAGCACUAAGUUGAACAAAUGAAACGUCUGUUAGUUUGUUUACACAGUAUUGCUGUUAAUAAGAACACUGGGGCAAAGUCAAAUAAAUAUGACUAAGUUGCCUGCGGCAGGCAAGCAAUCAUAGCCUUUGCUGAUGAAGCUAUUUAUACAGGUUUAGUAAUAAAUCAUUAUUUGUCCACUGCUUCUAAUGAAAAGUUCCCUCAUCAGUUGGCCUCUCCUCUCCAUUAUAGGGCUCUGCUCUGUCAGUGAGACUCACUCAACCACAGCCACCUCAUCUUAGAACUGUCAUUUUAAUUUCUUCUGAAUUUCCCUUUUGAAAAUGUGUUUAUCUCCAUGUUCACUUAUAGCAGAGCACUAAGGCUCCAUCCAUCACAGACAUACUGCUGUUUUGUGUCACAGAGUUGAUGGCCUAGAAGAAGCAGCAGACAUGAACACUGGCUUUUUGACAACUUGCUGUUUCUCUUUGUGUCCAUGACAAGAGGAGUCAUUUGAUAAAGCGUUUAUCAAGGACACGCAUUACAGUACAUUAUGUUCCCGUCUUGGACAUCAGUCUGUUGCCUUGCUAAGUGUUUGUGUGUAUGUCCGGGCAUGCGUGUGUGUGUGUGUGUACAACUCACAAGAAACUGUACAAGAUAGAAAACAUCCCACUGACAGGGGGACAAACUUCAUCAUGAAUGAACAUACAGUGAGCUACAGCAUUUUGUCCCAGCAGAUACAUUACUGUAGGCUCUACUACCAUGGUAUUUGUGCUAUUACCACAAAAUGACUAUAUUUUCAGAAGGAAUAAGUGUUGUCCUAUAAUCAGGCUUUCUAUGUUGACUCAAAAUAUCUACUUUCCACCUUUUUCUGACAACCAAUUUUCAAGAUAGCAUCUACAUUUUUAAUAGCCGGGCAUCGGCACACAUUUCAGCAAAUAAUCGCCUUUUUCAAAUAAAUGCCGGGUCUAAAUGAGUUGUUUACGAGUGAACUUCAGUGAAUAAUGUAAAGAUUGCGUAAAAGAAGAUAGAGGAGAGCAACAUCAUUUCCAUAGAUGAGACAGCAGUGUGUUUUGACAUGGUUGGCUCAACUACGGGGGAUACAAGACACAACGAGUGAGAGAAUGGUGCUGAAGCGCGAAGUCGUUGUUGUCCUAGUCUUUGCAAGUCUGAUCUGCGAUGGAUUUGUUAAUAUAAUGUUUAUACUGGUCAUACUGGUCACAUUAAACAGUGUGGUAGUCUUUUCAACAUUUUAUUGAGCAAAAGCUGUGUGCAUUAAGGAAAGAGACACCUGGCUCAAAUAGAAGCCUGUCUCUAAUAAGCGCUGGUUGUGUUCAGUGAUUGAAGCAAAUAAACACCCGGGCUAUUAAUGGAAGUUUUGCGGUACAUAAAUAAAAACUGUAAAAAUAUUACUUUGAGCACAGUAGCAGUUUUAGUUAAUUUAAUGGAAAUCGUUAUGUAGCCUGAUCAGUUUAGAUGACUUCUGCCUUACUGAACCAUACCAGCAUGCUGAGUGUCUCAGUUUCUCACUGUGCUCACGUCUUUAGUAGGGCCGGGACGAUACCAGUAUCGGGAUACUCGUUAGUAUCGUGACAAGGAAACAAAACACGAAGCAGAAUUGACUUCCUUAGGAAAACAGCCCUAAUGUUGGAAACAAACAUCAUAAUGUUGUCAUCCAGAGUCACAUGUAUUUACUUUCCAAACUAUAGCACACAGUAUUUUACAUACAGCAGGUUUUUAAAGGACCAAAUAGUUGAUCUGCUUCGUGUUUACAUUUUUGCCAUGGAAAAAAGAUUGCGAUACUGGUAUCGUCCCAGGCCUAGGAGCAGUUGCUGCUAACAUGCUGCUGCCGCCUCGCAGUCUGAUGACUUGGCCAGGCUGACCAGGGAAUUUAGUGAGGUGAUAAGACCGUGUCUGGGCUGGGCUCAUUGGUCUCUGAACACUGUGUUGUUAUCUCUGCAUAAAGAUAGCUCUGGAAUGUAUAAGCUCUCCAGCUCCAGUCAACUCUGUCACUGAGGAGGCCAGAGAGUGGUAGUAGGGCAUGAAUUCAGCUAGCUCUAUGUUCUGUAGGAGCAUAGGCCUCAUGGGAGCAGACCACAUAACCUCUCUCUCUCUGCUCUCAAUGCCUGCUCUAAAGACAUGUUACCCCUUGACCAAUAAGAGGAGGCUCAGCAGAGCAUGACCGUACCACACAGGGAGGGGAAAAGAGAGAAUGUUAUGAGAGAAGGAUGAGGGAGUGACUGAGUGGGGGUAGAGUGUGAUGGAGAGAGCUAAAACCAUAGAGUGACUCACUAACGUGAGAGUGGAGGGAAAUGAGAGAAGAGGGAACAUUUGUCAUUGUAUGUGCCAAUUGAAGCCCCGUGCAAGAGGGGAAGGUCAUGCGUCGGUCACAUUCCGGUCUGUGCUAAACUGAAGUGGACUUGGAAGAAAAGACUCAGUGGCGUUGCUUAGUUAGAGGAAGUCUCCUCCUGAGCACUCCCACACCACUACACUUUUUUCCACAGAACCUCCUUUCAGCUCCACUUGUGAGACGGGUCAUGGUUGAGCUGGCUGCCUGGGAACAGUGGCAGUCAUUAUGGGAUCAGGACAGGAGACGUGGUGUGGUGUGGUGUGGUGGAGAAAGAGUCAACAGAGAGAGUUAACACAAUAGCAGAGACUUGGCGAGCAAUAAUGCUCUGACAGCCUCCAUGAGCCUGUCAUAUGAAGGCUAAAAUGAUAUGAUGACAAUGCAUUUUCAAGUGCCUGGCGUCUAGGUACAGCGCUCUAGUUACUACAGUAAUAAUGUGCUAACAUGGAAAUGUGGUUUUAGCUUGGCCUUUUCCAAGUCAACCACUCUUGAUAAGAAAAGGUGAGUCAGAGAUUUGUUAUCAUGGUUAAACGUGUACAUGUACAUCCAGUGGCUUUGUUCAGGUGCUGAAUGUUGAAAGUAUGAAUGUUUAUUUGCAAUAUAAAAUAAUCCAGACACCUCAAAUGUUCUUUGUGACAAAUGUCACCUUCAAGGUCAAAGCCGUUUCAGUUUGGGAGCUACACACAUGCACGCAAACACACACACACACACACAAAGGCUCUAUUGUAGUCACAUAUUUACUCCAUAAUGUACAGUUGUGUACCAUGAAAUAUCUCUGCUAGGCAUCUGAAGUGCGUCAUGUUACUUCACUAAAUCCUGAAGGCCUAAAGGCAAAUGGCAGCUCAAAUUCCUUUUGCACUUGAAAAUCUGAUGAAAGUAUCUUUGGCGCAUAAUGCUCCCUUUAUUUUUUAUUUAUAACCAUUGUUAUCCCACAAUGUGCUUGUUUUGCAGGAAUAAAGGCUGAACUGUGUCCUCUUACCUAUACUUUGAUGCAAAUCAGCUACGGUAACUGUGUUCGUAACUGUAUAAAUCAGGAAAUAGACAAUAAGGAAAGCACAUUGUCAGUGAGCACAUAUUGUGCAGUUGAUAUUGACUAUAGUGCAGAGGCAUGUUGAAGUUUCACACGUCCUCGAAGAGAGAUUGUGAGAGCUCAGUAACAGUACUAAUCGAUAAUCAAGCCAGCAAAUUGUUUUGUUAUUUGCUGUUAAAUUGAUUUACCAUGAUUUCUUUCAAAGACAUUCAUGAAGGGAUGGCGGUUAGAGCAUUGAGCCAGUAACCGAAAGGUCGCUAUUUCGAAUACCCGAACCGACAAGGUGAAAAAUCUGUUGAUUUGCCCUUGAGCAAGGCACUUAAGCCUAAUUUGCUCCAGGGGCACCGUACUACUAUGACUGACCCUGUAAAACAACACAAAACAACACAUUUCGCUGCACCUAUCUGGUGAAUGUGACAAUAAAACAUAUUUGUUUCAUCCCAGGAAAUGAGAGGGGUAAUUAUGCCUAAUGAAUGCCCCUAAUGACAUUAUACAGUAUUACCUCUCUUUUUCUCAGUCAUCCAUCCUGUCUCAGUGCCUAUGGUAUGGUACCUUUUGUUUCGUUUUUACAAUUGCUGUACCAAAAUAUCCAUCACAACUACAUCUCCUCCUGGCACUCCUGUCACAAGACAGCGUGGUUUUAUGAAAUGGUGCAACCAUGACCCUGAUACCAUAGUGAGAGAAUGAUUCAGAUUUGACAUUACAUUGGUUUCAAAUGACUACACUGCAUCCAUGGUGUGUCAUUACAGCAUCUGCAGUAAUUAUUAUUCCACAGAGUCACACUGGCCACAAACCACCAUUAGAAUAGAGACACCCUCAGAAGUGACGAUGAAGGAGGAGCAAAGACCAUGGCUGCUGUUGUUGUUGACGGUGCUGCUAGGGCUAGCUGGAUUAGUUUACUCAAAUCAGCACUGAUGAGGGGACAGUUUUCAAUUAAUCUCUGACUAGGAGACGUCAUUCAUUAUCACAUAGCUCUGCUAUGCCCUCGUUGUGUGCUGUCCCAGACCAGCUUGUUUUUUUGACCUUGCAUGGUUUCAGUGAUCAGUCUCUGUUAGUUUUAUCGCUUUUUCCUCCUCUUUUAUCUUUUUCCAAGGCCAGUUCAGCUCUGCUGUAGGUGAGUGGAUUAAAGAAUAAAGAGAGAAGUACCCCAAGCGGGUUGCAUUCAUGUCAAUACUUUCCACUGCCUUUGAAUAUCCCCUUUUAAUAGGAAAAUAAGACUGCUGAACAACAUCCCACAAUUUUCGAACUAGGCGGAUAUUAAUUUAAUAUAUUUUAUGCUGAUCUGUUCAUCCCCUCUGAGUCCAGUGUUUCCCCUAUAUUCACUUAGAAGCAGUGGCCCACCGCUGCUAAAUUGUUGCCACCGCUGCAAAACAAAAAUAAUGUUUUUUAAAUAUAUACAGUACCAGUCAAAAGUUUGGACACACCUACUCAUUCAAGGGUCUUUAUUUAUUUUUACUAUUUUCUACAUUGUAGAAUAAAAGUAAAGACAUCAAAACUAUGAAAUAACACAUAUGGCAUCAUGUAGUAACCAAAAACGUGUUAAACAAAUCAAAAUAGAUUUGAGAUUCUUCAAAGUAGCCACCCUUUGCCUUGAUGACAGCUUUGCACACUCUUGGCAUUCUGUCAACCAGCUUCAUGAGGUAGUCACCUGGAAUGCAUUUUCUUGAGGAGAACCUUGGGAGCCACCAGCAUGACCUCAGUUUUAUUGCUGUUGAGUCUGAGUAGAUUGGGUGUCAUCCAGUUUUUGAUGUCCUGGAGACAGUUGAUCAGAGACGGGGGUGAGAGGUGGGUUUGGUGUGGAUGUAAAUCUGGGUUUCAUCCGCAUAGCAGUGGAUUGAGUUGAACCUGAUGUUUUUGUACUGUUAGAGAUUGUAGAUGUGACAAUGAUGUAUUUCUCUUUGUCCACUCUCUAUUCCAGGGCCCUGGUAUAUCAGAGGAGGCGAUGGUCACUGAGCCUCCUCACUCGCAGCAGCCCGGGGCACGCCACAGCUUUGUACAGGAACACUUCCAGGCACAAUACAAGUGAGUUUCCUCCCCUACACACCACCUGACCCUGACCUAAACCACCUGCUAGGUAUCAUAGGCCCUAUUUACCGGUAGAGCUGGAUAUAUAAAUGGACAGUUUGCCUGGUCUGCCCAUAGCAUACUGUAUUCUCAAUGCAAUGCUAGAGAAUAGCCCUAUUACUAUCUGCACCUUAGUCCUGCAAGCAUUGAUGGCAUCUGAGCUGAGCUGAGUAGAAUACAGUUGACUCAACCCCAGGCACCUAAUGUGGAAAGUCAUGGACUUGUGCUAAUGUAAAAACUGCUGCCUUGCACCUUGAAGGACAGGUGAAAAAUAAACAAAUUACUAUACAGAGAAUUGUCUCUCAUAUUUGUGUCAGUCUACAAUUUCCCUCCGAUUCAGAGUCUUGAAUGUAAAACAGAAGAGUUACUUUUCUUUAUUUUGUUCAUUGUGAAAUCUUUUUCAUGGCUCAACCUGCUCCUUAGAUGAUAAUGCUAGAGAAUAAUAAAUAAUUAAAAAGUUUCAAAAUGUGACAGCUUUUGGUAUUUUAUUUCCAUUAGGAGCCAGUUGUGUUUUUGUAUAACCUGUUCUAUUCCUUUCAGUGCACCUGGAUGAGGUUGAGAGGGAGUCUGUUAUUGAGAGAUUGAGUCAGAUAUAGAACAACUUUGUAGGUUGGCUAAACAAACACGUAUUGGGUAAAACUUUGUUGCCCAUUCCAAUAUUAAUGCAUUUCCUUUAAUUAUGAACCAUAUGUUAUACAGUUCAAUGCAAUUAUGGUCAUUUGUGUGGAAAUCGGUUUCAUGCUUGUCUUGGUAUAAGCUGUUGGUCCAUCGGUAACACUGCCUGUAAUUUGGUCUAUUGGGUUUUGCACCUUUCCUAUAAGUUCUUUACAAUUAUUGUACAACCAUUGCAGAGUUAGGUAUGGAGGCUUUUUUUCCCACAUCACAUUCGAUUACCGAUGACUCAUUGAUCCAGUUCUCAUUGAUUGGAUUAAAUUGUAAUGAUCAGAUACACCAUGUGUAAUGGAGAUGUCGUUAUAACUCUAUGUGAAUAGGGGUUGUAUAUGUAUUAGCAGGAGAAAGAGUAACCUCAUUAAAUCACUGCAGACAUUCCAGUAAUUACUGAGCCUAGUUGGAGCAUCAAUACUGACAAGGCCCAUGCACAGCGUGCAGUAAGAAAGACUGCCCCUCCACCUAACCUUUAUGUCUCCUAGGUAACUAGGGACCUCUUCAAGUGCUUUUAUGGUCCGGAGUAAAAUGAGUGGGGGGGGUUGGGUUUUGUUGGAGGUCAAGUGGAAAAACAACAGCUGUACAAAGCUAAUAGGCAUAGAUGACCUACAUAUUGAAUAAAAGUGUACAAUCUUUGCUCUAGUAGCUUUCCUUCUAAGCUAUGAAUGAUGAACCUGAUUGAGUUUUCACAGUUUUAUUCCUUAUAACAUUCCUUUCAAUCAGUGUUCAGAGCCCCUCAGCGCCUGCUACAGCAGAAUUGAACCCAGAGCCUUCACAAGUGUUCAUUUAAUCUUGGAGAUAAAGCCUCCUCAGUGUUUCUAUGAAACAGAUGCAUCUCACAGCUGUGGUCGGGAGAUCACUGGAGCUGCUGAAGGUAGUGGAGCUGUUGCAGUACCUUCAUCAUGAUUUGGCUGUCCGCCCCUCUCACAGAGGCGCCAAAUGAGAGUUCUGAAUCCAACUGCCAAGUGUAUCUGUAAAUCUCUGUCAAGCCCCCAAUUUUACAUUAGCUGUACUCUUCUCUGGAUAACCUUGACAAAUGUCGUACUAUAUUGACAAGGAGUUAUGCAAACAACUGCACAAUAGAACAGAUGUAUAUUUGGACCUUUUAACUCUGUCGUGAAGUAAUUAGAACACUUGCCACUCUGUGGAAGUUGUUAUUUUCUUUGUAAUUUCCUGCUUGUUUUUGUUUCCUCCAUCUGCCAAUUCCUUGGAAAAUUGGCAGCUUGGUGUUAUGCCAUUAAUACGUCUGUCAGAGCACAUCCCUUAAUUGCUACCCACUGAUGAAUGUUUCUGCUUUGACACCUGGGAAAUGGGCGUGUCUAGAGAGGAAGCAGCCAUAGCUAGCUCACCCACUCAGACACUGUGCCAGACUCAACCAGGAGGAUUCAGACUGGAAUCCAACACUUGACUGAUGAUUACUAGCAAACCAUAAAACAUGCAGUAUAACUUCAAAAACAGCAUAACUUUGCAUUUCUUAGCUACAGCAUGGCUUUAGUUCAGUGGAAAAGAGCUCUGGACUGUACAGUAAUUUCUCUCAAGGAAUAUUCCAUAGCCAUAUCUUUCCAUAACCUUCUGAUUUUGUCCCUUAGGCCAGUCCAGAUCACUGACUCAGGCAAGAGCAUCAUUGUCUGAGAUGAGGAUUUAGACCUUGGCGUGAAAGUGUAAGACUGAAAAGCCACUGUCAAAGAUUUUUUAGAAUAAUUUGUGAAAGUGUGAUUCAGAGUCCUCGUGGUCAGAGAAGUGUCCUGUUUCGAAUAUAAAUAUCCUCUUCCUAUCUGUGAUGUUUGAAUUGUAAAAUACUGUAUGUAUCAUAUGUGAUUACCUAUUUUUCAUACUAAAUACUAAUAUAAUACUAUUAGUGACAUAUCAUUAAUAUAUUUUUUGUGCUAUUUGUUUUAGGAACUGCCUUUGGAGUCCCUAUCUUUGAUUUGUUAACUGUUCCUCUGUCCCUCUCUCAUUGCCCUCCAGCAUUUGAGUCCUGGGUGUAACACUAUGUAAUAUAAUCCAACUGACAGGCCUGAGUAUUAUCACUGUAAUGGGUAUGUUUGUCACUAUACAAUCACCAGGCCCAUUAUACUUGACAAUACUUAAUCUGUGUACAAAUAAGCUUCAUAUAAACUGACAGGCCUUUUAGUUUUUGAUGCUGAUUUGAUUUGUCGUUCAUCACGUUGGUGUCAUUCAAUUGAUUGAUUAUGAAAUGUCAGGUACACUCUACAGUACAGUUAUUGCAAUCCUCUCUGUCUGACUGUGAUGUCUCCGUAAAAGUGAAGUGCCUACUCUAACUUUGGAAGUAUUGAUUUUGAACUAUUAUUUCUCUACAACUCUGUAGACUGAUCAAAUCAUGCAAUGCCCAGUUCGUGAAGGUAAAGCUUUGAUAUAGCUAGUUUUGUUCUCAUCCCACAGCAUGACUCACUGCCUGGCAUGGGUAAAAUGCAGUGAAAAUCUCUGUUAUCUGUCAAGCGAUGCUCAUUAGAGUGAAACCAAACGGCGGGCAGCAGAGCAUGUCAGAUUAAGGACGUGGUGUACUGUAGUUUCACUGGAAGCCCAGCCUUUUCACAGUGGCACGACAACCCACCACUCUCUCUCAGAGCUUCUUGCCUCUCUUUGUCUGAAUCGUUUUGACUGGGUGACCUUUGUUUUGUCUCGCCGCUUAAUUUAUUUAUAUUUCUGCAGGAUAGUUGUAUAUAUAGGGCUGUGAAGCCCUUUUGAGAUUAUUACUGUGACUCAAGGUAAUUCCUUUGUUUUGUCUGGAUGCUCAGGAUCACCUGCUGAAUGAUGCCUUACAUAUCAACAAUCUCUAAAGGGGCCAUGACCUUUUGAACCCAGAGAUGCAGUGUUGUGAUAAAAGCACACAUCUUCAAGUAGCAGGUGAAGCUGCAGGCUCACUGAGAAUAAUUAACAGCCAAUCUUUAGACCAGGGAUCAUCAACUAGAUUCAGCCGCGGGCCGAUUUUUUUAGUGAGUGGAUGGUCGGGGGACCGGACCAUAAUUAAAAAUAAUUUGUAGACUGCAAAUUGACCACCAAAAAUAAACUUAGUUCUUGAAAUUCUCCGUAUUGACUAACCUACAUGUCUUAAAGUAAUGAUGGACUGUUGUUUCUCUUUGCUUAUUUGAGCUGUUCUUGCCAUAAUAUGGACUUGGUCUUUUACCAAAUAGGGCUAUCUUCUGUAUACCCCCCCACCUUGUCACAACACAACUGAUUUUGCUCAAAUGCAUUAAGAAGGAAAGAAUUUCCACAAAUUAACUUUUAAGAAGGCACACCUGUUAAUUGAAAUGCAUUCCAGGUGACUAUCUCAUGAAGCUGAUUGAGAGAAUACCAAGAGUGUGCAAAGCUGUCAUCAAGGCAAAGGGUGGCUAUUUGAAGAAUCUGAAAUAUAAAACAUAUUUUGAUUUGUUUAACACUUUCUGGGUUACUACAUGAUUCCACUUGUGUUAUUUCAUCGUUUUGAUGUCUUCACUAUUAUUCUACAAUGUAAAAAAUAGGAAAAAUAAAGAAAAACCCUUGAAUGAGUAGGUGUGUCCAAACGUUUGACUGGUAGUGUAUAUAUUUUCUCAGAAAACUUGGGGGGUGAAAUAAAACCACCCACAGGCCAAAUUCGGCCCGCUGGCCGCCAGUUGGGGAACCCUGCUUUAGACCCUUAACCUUUAGUAGAUUGUUCUAAUAAUUUACAUUUACAUUUUAGUCAUUUAGCAGACGCUCUUAUCCAGAGCGACUUACAGUUAGUGAAUACAUAUUUUUUUUAUACUGGCCCCCCGUGGGAAUCGAACCCACAACCCUGGCGUUGCAAACGCCAUGCUCUAUCAACUGAGCUACAUCCCUGCCGGCCAUUCCCUCCCCUACCCUGGACGACGCUGGGCCAAUUGUGCGCCGCCCAUGAGUCUCCCGGUUGCGGCCGGCUGCGACAGAGCCUGGAUUCGAACCAGGAUCUCUAGUGGCACAGUUAGCACUGCGAUGCAGUGCCUUAGACCACUGCGCCACUCAGGAGUACUAAUAAUAGCUGUUAUAACAAAUAUAAUUUAUUUAUUUAUUUUUCAGGUAAGGUGACACUGAAGUUCCCGAUACUUGGAAAAAUGGCUUUUAGAGUUCUACUCAUUUCAGUUAGAGGUAGGCUAGUGCAGGGGUUGGCAACAACAAUUUUUUGUUGUUGAAAAAAUAGGAUUUUAGAUUUUGGUCAAAAAAUACUAAAAUCACCUGGAAAAUAGUUUAAUUUAGGAAAUCUGUUCCCAAGUAUUCCCACAAAUAAAAAAGAGACACACUAAGUGCACAAAACAUGCUCUUUCCAUGACAUAGACUGACCAGGUGAAUCCACAUGAAAAGCUAUGAUCCCUUAUUGAUGUCACUGGUUAAAUCCACUUCAAUCAGUGUAGAUGAAGGGGAGGAGACAGGUUAAAGAAGGAUUCUUAAUUAUUUUGUUUUUGUUUUUUACCCCUUUUUUCUCCCCAAUUUCAUGAUAUCCAAUUGCGAUCCAAUUACGAUCUUGUCUAAUCGCUGCAACUCCCCAACGGGCUCGGGAGAGGCGAAGGUUUAGUAAUGUGUCCUCCGAAACAUGACCCGCCAAAACGCGCUUCUUAACGCCCGCCCGCUUAACCCGGAAGCCAGCCGCACCAAUGUGUCGGAGGAAACACUGUUCAACUGACGACCGAAGUCAGCCUGCAGGCGCCCGGCCCGCCACAAGGAGUCGCUAGAGCACGAUGAGCCAAGUAAAGCCCCCCCGACCAAACCCUCCCCUAACACGGACGACGCUGGCCCAAUUGUGCACCGCCCUAUGGGACUCCCAGUCACGGCCGGUUGUGACACAGCCUGGGAUCGAACCCAGGUCUGUAGUGACGCCUCAAGCACUGCGAUGCAGUACCUUAGACCGCUGCACCACUCAGGAGGCCUAAAGAAGGAUUUUUAAGCCUUGAGACAAUUGAGACAUGGAUUGUGUAUGUGUGCCAUUCAGAGGGUGAAUGGGCAAGACAAAAUAUUGAAGUGCCUUUGAACGGGGUAUGGUAGUAGGUGCCAGGCGCACCGGUUUGUCGAGAACUGCCACGCUGCUGGAUUUUUUACCUUCAACAGUUUCCCGUGUGUAUCAAGAAUUGUCCACCACCCAAAGGACAUCCAGCCAACUUGACACAACUGUGGGAAGCAUUGGAGUCAACAUGGGCCAGCACCCCUGUGGAAUGCUUUCAACUCCUUGCAGAGUCCGUGCCCCGACGAAUUGAGGUUGUUCUGAGGGCAAAGGGGUGUUUUGUACAAUCGGUGUAUGUGAUGGUGUCUCAAUGUAAUUAAGGUAUGAAAUGAUUGUUAUUUUCAAAUAUAAUCUUUUUGGGGGCUUAGUUGUGGUCAAUUUGCAGUGUACAAAUUAUUAUAAUGAUGUUCCGGCCCCCGACCAUCCGCUCCGUCAAAAAUCGUCCCGCAGCUGAAUCUAGUUGCCUACCGCUGGGCUAAUGUUUAAGCUGACUCAAACUCUCACCCUUCAGCAUCACUGCUUCAAAGACAGGGAUUCCCUCUCAAGUGCUGCUCACACUUCAUCCAUUAGGCAUCACGGGAAUAUCACCUCCUUUUCCUUUAGGCCUAAGUGUUCCUUACCAUGCACAGGACAUCUAUUUUUUUAGUGUUAUUUGUAUGCAAGGAACAUGGGCAGCUCCUCUGUUUCCUGUUGAGAAUAAGACAUCCGUAGGGGAGUGAUCCACUCUACCAAGAGAGAGCUCCACUCAGAGCCAGUGUCAGCUGGGUUGAGUUGAAUAGGGCUUUAUUCACUCUCCCCCUCUCCCCUCUGUGGGUCUGGCAGGUGCCUUCCUAGAAGGGAAACACAUUUAAACAGCUCUGCUCUGGCUAAGUUUUCCAUGGUAGGCUACCGCUUGUAAAGGUUCCCGACAUGCAGGCUGGAAAAGUGAAAGCUCUGUGCACUGAUCCAAUGAAAAAGACUAAAGCAAAGGAAUAGGGAAAUACUGGCUUAAAACAUCUCAUUGCUGGGUAAAAGUGGGAAGAGGGAAAUGUAUGCUUGAAAUUCAGAUUUGCAAAGAAACCAUAGCUUUGUCAACUGGUUUUGAUUGUAUGCAGCAAAGCCAUUGUUGAACUACACUGCUCAAAAAAAUAAAGGGAACACUUAAACAACACAUCCUAGAUCUGAAUGAAUGAAAUAAUCUUAUUAAAUACUUUUUUCUUUACAUAGUUGAAUGUGCUGACAACAAAAUUACACAAAAAUGAUCAAUGGAAAUCAAAUGUAUCAACCCAUGGAGGUCUGGAUUUGGAGUCACCCUCAAAAUUAAAGUGGAAAACCACACUACAGGCUGAUCCAACUUUGAUGUAAUGUCCUUAAAACAAGACAAAAUGAGGCUCAGUAGUGUGUGUGGCCUCCACGUGCCUGUAUGACCUCCCUACAACGCCUGGGCAUGCUCCUGAUGAGGUGGCGGAUGGUCUCCUGAGGGAUCUCCUCCCAGACCUGGACUAAAGCAUCCGCCAACUCCUGGACAGUCUGUGGUGCAACGUGGCGUUGGUGGAUGGAGCGAGACAUGAUGUCCCAGAUGUGCUCAAUUGGAUUCAGCUCUGGGGAACGGGCGGACCAGUCCAUAGCAUCAAUGCCUUCCUCUUGCAGGAACUGCUGACACACUCCAGCCACAUGAGGUCUAGCAUUGUCUUGCAUUAGGAGGAACCCAGGGCCAACCGCACCAGCAUAUGGUCUCACAAGGGGUCUGAGGAUCUCAUCUCGGUACCUAAUGGCAGUCAGGCUACCUCUGGCGAGCACAUGGAGGGCUGUGCGGCCCCCCAAAGAAAUGCCACCCCACACCAUGACUGACCCACCGCCAAACCGGUCAUGCUGGAGGAUGUUGCAGGCAGCAGAACAUUCUCCACAGCGUCUCCAGACUCUGUCACAUCUGUCACAUGUGCUCAGUGUGAACCUGCUUUCAUCUGUGAAGAGCACAGGGCGCCAGUGGCGAAUUUGCCAAUCUUGGUGUUCUCUGGCAAAUGCCAAACGUCCUGCACGGUGUUGGGCUGUAAGCACAACCCCCACCUGUGGACGUCGGGCCCUCAUACCACCCUCAUGGAGUCUGUUUCUGACCGUUUGAGCAGACACAUGCACAUUUGUGGCCUGCUGGAGGUCAUUUUGCAGGGCUCUGGCAGUGCUCCUCCUGCUCCUCCUUGCACAAAGGCGGAGGUAGCAGUCCUGCUGCUGGGUUGUUGCCCUCCUACGGCCUCCUCCACGUCUCCUGAUGUACUGGCCUGUCUCCUGGUAGCGCCUCCAUGCUCUGGACACUACGCUGACAGACACAGCAAACCUUCUUGCCACAGCUCGCAUUGAUGUGCCAUCCUGGAUGAGCUGCACUACCUGAGCCACUUGUGUGGGUUGUAGACUCCGUCUCAUGCUACCACUAGAGUGAAAGCACCGCCAGCAUUCAAAAGUGACCAAAACAUCAGCCAGGAAGCAUAGGAACUGAGAAGUGGUCUGUGGUCACCACCUGCAGAACCACUUCUUUAUUGGGGGUGUCCUGCUAAUUGCCUAUAAUUUCCACCUGUUGUCUAUUCCAUUUGCACAACAGCAAGUGACAUUUAUUGUCAAUCAGUGUUGCUUCCUAAGUGGACAGUUUGAUUUCACAGAAGUGUGAUUGACUUGGAGUUACAUUGUGUUGUUUAAGUGUUCCCUUAAUUUUUUUGAGCAGUGUACAUUCCUCUCCAGUCCUAAAGGCUCUUAUAGUUUCAGGCAUCCUUGUGAAAUGCUUUUCGCUUCCUGAUUAGAAGAACCAGUCAUGGAGUUCUUGCCAUAGAGCUAUUACAGGAUUUAGAAGUACUUCAAGUCAAGUUCAAUUCAAGUGAAGUUCAAGAGCACUGCAGUCUGAGGACUUCCAUGGAAAUGCCCUCUGAGUCUUUGUUCAAACAAUUAGUGAUUUGCCAGAAUAAGCAACUUCCUCUCCUAAACAUAAAGGGGUCUGUUGGAACCAGUGUGUGAACCAGGUGUGGAAUGGAAGAUUGGUAGAAUGGAAGAUUUGCUAUAUUUUCCUGUCCUUUUGUAAGAGUCCUAUGGCCUGAACAUUCAUAUAGGGAGGAAGCAAGCCAUCUCUUAGGGCUGUCCUCUAUUCUCCCCAUUAUGGUAUUAGUGAUCAUUAGGGAAUUGCUGCGUGCUGGUUCCCAUGUAAAGGACCAGUUGCACCGUGAGGCUUUUCCCCACUACCCACCCCACUUACAUCACUUAUCUUUCCCAUGUAAAAUCUCUACAGCAACAUCAAGAUGUACUGUACAUACAGUGUGUCCAUUUUUAUAGCAAGAUGCACUUUCCUGCUGGCCUGAAACAGAAGUGCAUGUUCAGGUGUCUAAAACAGGCGUCAAACAUCACACAAUCUUGUUUUUCUUUCCACAGGUCAUCGCUGACCUGCCCUCAUUGUCAUAAACAGAGCAACACAUUUGAUCCUUUCCUCUGCAUCUCACUUCCCAUCCCUCUCUGCCACACCAGGUAAGUACUAUCCCUGUUAGUGCACCAACCAUACAGAAUACACAACCAUGCAACACAUCACACCACACCAUGGUACUACGUGCAGCUAUUUUGAGACAUCCGUCAGUGAGAGUCAAAGCCGUAGUAGACGGAAAGACUUGCCCUUAGGUACAGAUGUAGAAAUACAGUGUAGACAAGACUCAAGCACUGGUGUCUUUUUAACAUCCCUUUCAGUCCUCUAGAGGCUCAUAAUGUUAGAGAGAUGGAUAAAGAUCUGGAGUAGCACAGAGGAACAAUAAACCUAGCUGAGAUGGAGUGGACUUGAAGCCCAUAGGAAAGCCCUGAGGAGCACCACCUCAGAAACCAGGAACAAUGUCACAUUCACGCCCAGGUCACAAAGAUCACUCCAUCCCUGCUUGGCUGCGGUUAGCCUGUUCAGGAAAUCAAUUUUGAAGGAUUUAGUCCCCCGUCCCCCCCCCCCAAGCCCUUACUCUACAAGCACCUACACCCUCUCAUUAAUUUAGCUCUUUGUGAAGACUUUUGACAACCUAGUUUUUUGUUAAAAGCAUGAGUUAAUGUUUCCUUUCACACACCACCUGACCAACCCUAAGUCAAAACAGUAUGAAGGAGAAAGGUUCUCAUCUUUAUUCUCCAGUGCAGAUGGAGGAGUUGUCCUAAUUAGAGAAGAUGAUUUAGAGUCCGGCGAUGAGCUUAACACUCAUCUCAGAUUCCUGGGCUGGGGUGUCAUAGAUAGUGUCUUCCCACACUCCCAUUGAGGUACCAGGGUGUGCCUAGCAAAUUCAACAGCCCAACACACACUCAUCUGUCCAAUCCUACACCACAACUGGACACUACAAUGUUGAUCUCAUACAGUAGAUCCUCAUUCAUACUGAGCAUCCAACGUAAAGAUAUAAUCCAUUGUUGCUACAUGAAUUUGAGAGUGGUUACAUAUUUCCAGCCCCAUCCCUUAGCUUUUUAGCGAUACAGGAGCGGGGAUAACGCUUUGUUAUUGUUUCAAUUAAGGAUUCUAGCUUUAACAGGUAUUCUUUAGAGCUCUCUAUUUGUGACACAUACAGUCAUUGAAAUAGUGCUCAGUCUCUUUGGAGCAACUAGUGUCAAUAAAAGUUAACGCCAGGCAGAACACCCUCAUAGGGUAAUCUUUUCCCCUUAAUCAUAUCACAAUCAACUUUUACCAGUUGAAUGUAGACACAAAUAUAAUACUUUUUUGUAUUAAAAUAUUUCUGAAAUAUUUUAUAAAAAUAUGCAAAUGAGGGAAUUUUCAUUAAUAUGCACAUAUUUGCAUAUCACGCAAAUAAAAUGUUCUGGACACUGGAUGAAGUCAGCUUAAAUGUUUUGGUUUCAUUUUAUUAAGACACUCCAGGACCAGACUUGUCCAUAGCAGAUUGUGGAUAAAUACCUUUCUAUCUGUAAAAUACUAAAGACAUGUACGUAGAAUGCAUUUUUGGCGCCCAAAAAUGUUUUCUCUAGAAUAAAAACUUGACAACACAUGUGUGGGAAGAGUCUGACUUUCGGGAAAUGGCAGUUAAAGACAAGUACACUGAAUUUAGACUACCAAACGCCUAUUUAGACCCAAUCAUCAUCUCUUCAAAGUAAGUUACUAAAUAUAGUUAAUUUUGUAACACUCUCUAUGAAAUGGGCUUCUAAAUUAUGUGUAAUUUAAUGUUGUGAGCUUUGAAAUUAUUCAAGUGGUUAAAAUGCAUUAAAAUGUUGAUGACGGUAGAAUGAUAAACUAAAGAAAAUAUAAAUAAGUACAUAAGUAUUCAGACCCUUUGCUAUGAGACUCGAAAUUGAGCUGAGGUGCAUCCUGUUUCCAUUGAUCAUCCUUCAGAUGUUUCUACACACUACCAUUCAAAGGUUUGGGGUCACUAAGAAAUGUCUUUGUUUUCGAAAGAAAAGCUUUUUUUUUUCCCCAUUAAAAUAACAUCAAAUUGAUCAGAAAUACAGUGUAGACAUUGUUAAUGUUGUAAAUGGCUAUUGUAGCUGGAAACAGCAGAUUUUUAAUGGAAUAUCUACAUAGGCGUACAGAGGCCCAUUAUCAGCAACCAUCAGUCCUGUGUUCCAAUGGCACGUUGUGUUUGCUAAUCCAAGUUUAUGAUUUUAAAAGGCUAAUUGAUCAUUAGAAAACCCUUUUGUAAUUAUGUUAGCACAGCUGAAAACUGUUGUGCUGAUUAAAGAAGCAAUAAAACUGGCCUUCUUGAGACUAGUUGAGUAUCUGGAGCAUCAGCAAUUGUGGGUUCGAUUACAGGCUCAAAAUGGCCAGAAACAAAUAACUUAAUUCUGAAACUCGUCAGUCUAUUCUUGUUCUGAGAAAUGAAGGCUAUUCCAUGCGAGAAAUUGCCAAGAAACUGAAGAUCUCGUACAACGCUGUGUACUACUCCCUUCACAGAACAGCGCAACUCUGCCUAGAAGGUCAGCAUUCCGGAGUCGCCUCUUCACUGUUGAUGUUGAGACUGGUGUUUUGCGGGUACUAUUUAAUGAAGCUGCUAGUUGAGGACCUGUGAGGCGCCUGUUGCUGAAACUAGACACUAAUGUAUUUGUCCUCUUGCUCAGUUGUGCACCGGGGCCUCCCACUCCUCUUUCUAUUUUGGUUAGAGCCAGUUUGCGCUGUUCUUUGAAGGGAGUAGUACUUUUAGCUAAUGGCAUUGAAUACUGUAGACAGUUAUGAAAGGAAGAAACAGAUGGUUUGCCUUUUAAGAUUUUGUACAUGGCUGCCCAUGUAAGACAAAAGGUAGAAUCUACAAAACUAUCUCCAUAAACCCUAACACAAACUAAAGUGCAGACAGAAAUGUGUUCCCACAUGUCAUAUAUACAGUAUGUGGUUAGUUAUGAUCUAGUGUGUUAACCAAUGUGGCAGAGUCUACAAAGUUAUGACAUGGACCCAUAUUGAUGUUGUACCCUAAUGGACUGAGUGGUAUGGCAGGCGUCUCCAUUUAAACACAUUAACUUCACUAAAUGAGCUACUCAUUACAGAUCAGAAUGUUAUUACUAUGAAGAUCCUUCAGAGAUCUUGUUGUAUAAUGUUCCUGUCCUCCUGAGGAAAAGGUUUGCGAUUCAUUAUGAUGAUUGAUUCAGCUUUGUACUCAGAGUCGGGAGAGCUAAACCUCUAAAAGGUGUUCUCGGGAUGUAGCCACUGCAUUUGCAGUAGCUUAGUAUAAUCAUAGACUCAGAUUACCAUUCGAUUGAGGGCUUUAGUUGAGUAUUCAGUCACUGGGAAUCCCAUAAUAGGUAUUGGGUGCAUCAUGUAAUGUUAUAGAUUGUUAAUUAUCCCUAUGCCUGCCUUUCUAGUUCUGAGCUGUUGAGUGUGUGAGGAUGUUUUGCCGCUCCCAGAAUGGUUCCAAACAAGGUAAUUAGUAUGAAUUAGGAACGCUUGCCUGCUCAGAGAACCAUUGAUUAACUACUGCCUUCACUGUUUGUCUUGAGAACCGUGAUAAUAUGAGGCACUGUUUUGAUGUUCCUACUGCCUAGUCAAAGGCAGAUAAAGGAAUGGACUCUGUACACAGGUGCGCUGCGUCUGUGCGUAUAGAUGUGCACAGACUGCAUGACCGCUUCAUACCCCUUACUAUGGCAAAUGCUGAGAAUCCUUGACGGUCAGUGUAGAGGUUACCCUGAGUCCAGAUAGCAGCGGAUCUCACAGCUCAACACCCUUUACUUACUUAAGUGAUAAUGCCCGAGAAGCCAGUGUUUGGAGUGUUGUUAGGCCCGAGACAAAGUCAAGGGCCAGCAAACCGUGUCAAUAUACCCUCCAAACACCAGCUUCGAGGGCAUUAUCACUUUUAUACAACGGGUUACCAACAUAUUCAAAUAAUGAUUGACAUAUUUUCAUUAAAAAUGUUAUUUUGAUUAAUUUAUUCAUUCUAUUUCAUCCUUCCACAAGAUAUAGUCCCGACGCAAAUAUAGGGUUGCUACCUAAGCCGGCUGGUCGUUCUAUCGGUUCGGUUGCCAGAGACACGACCCAGUCGUUCAGUCUUUUUGUUCUAUAUCUAUGGAUGCGACCCAGUCGUUUGUUCUAAAUAUUCCAUUGCCAUAUUGGUUGGCAACGUUCUUCUCCCUUGCUUGCUAGCUAGCCAACUACGGCUAACUUACAGUCACGUUAAACAGUGCAGCCAGAAUAACAACAAAGGAGCUGCAUUUGCAUUUGUUUAAGCUGUUUUCUACUGACAUUUAUUUGGAUACAUCCAUAAGAAUGAGCUAAUGAUGUGCGAUUUCACCUGGCAUAGAACAUGUGCUAACACAAUCACUUCAAACUGAAGCUGGAAAGACUUCAAACUAGCUGCACUUGUUUUCGAUUGAUAGUUCAUAUAUACACUGCUCAAAAAAAUAAAGAGAACACUAAAAUAACACAUCCUUGAUCUGAAUGAAUGAAAUAAUCUUAUUAAAUACUUUUUUCUUUACAUAGUUGAAUGUGCUGACAACAAAAUCACACAAAAAAUGAUAAAUGGAAAUCAAAUUUAUCAACCCAUGGAGGUCUGUGGAAAACCACACUACAGGCUGAUCCAACUUUGAUGUAAUGUCCUUAAAACAAGUCAAAAUGAGGCUCAGUAGUGUGUGUGGCCUCCACUUGCCUGUAUGACCUCCCUACAACACCUGGGCAUGCUCCUGAUGAGGUGGCGGAUGGUCUCCUGAGGGAUCUCCUCCCAGACCUGGACUAAAGCAUCCGCCAACUCCUGGACAGUCUGUGGUGCGACGUGGCGUUGGUGGAUGGAGCGAGACAUGAUGUCCCAGAUGUGCUCAAUUGGAUUCAGGUCUGGGGAACGGGCGGGCCAGUCCAUAGCAUCAAUGCCUUCCUCUUGCAGGAACUGCUGACACACUACAGCCACAUGAGGUCUAGCAUUGUCUUGCAUUAGGGGGAACCCAGGGCCAACCGCACCAGCAUAUGGUCUCACAAGGGGUCUGAGGAUCUCAUCUCGGUACCUAAUGGCAGUCAGGCUACCUCUGGCGAGCACAUGGAGGGCUGUGCGGCCCCCCAAAGAAAUGCCACCCCACACCAUGACUGACCCACGCCAAACCGGUCAUGCUGGAGGAUGUUGCAAGCAGCAGAACGUUCUCCACGGCGUCUCCAGACUCUGUCACGUCUGUCACAUGUGCUCAGUGUGAACCUGCUUUCAUCUGUGAAGAGCACAGGGCGCCAGUGGCGAAUUUGCCAAUCUUGGUGUUCUCUGGCAAAUGCCAAACGUUCUGCACGGUGUUGGGCUGUAAGCACAACCCCCACCUGUGGACGUCGGGCCCUCAUGCCACCCUCAUGGAGUCUGUUUCUGACCGUUUGAGCAGACACAUGCACAUUUGUGGCCUGCUGGAGGUCAUUUUGCAGGGCUCUAGCAGUGCUCCUCCUGCUCCUCCUUGCACACUACCUGAGCCACUUGUGUGGGUUGUAGACUCCAUCUCAUGCUACCACUAGAGUGAAAGCACCGCCAGCAUUCAAAAGUGACCAAAACAUCAGCCAGGAAGCAUAGGAACUGAGAAGUGGUCUGUGGUCACCACCUGCAAAACCAGUCCUUUAUUGGGGGUGUCUUGCUAAUUGCCUAUAAUUUCCACCUGUUGUCUAUUCCAUUUGCACAACAGCAUGUGAAAUGUAUUGUCAAUCAGUGUUGCUUCCUAAGUGGACAGUUUGAUUUCACAGAAGUGUGAUUGACUUGGAGUUACAUUAUGUUGUUUAAGUGUUCCCUUUAUUUUUUUGAGCAGUGUACAUAUAUACACAUACAUAUACAUUUCCUUUUUAAAAAUAUAUUUCCCUUUAUUACUUUCCAACCCCACCACACUUCCCUAAUUGGAGUAAACUAGUGAACAACAAUGCUUAGGCCUCUACUUCCAGCUUAUACAUACGAUAUACAUUUUAUGGACACAGUCAAUUUUACAAUAAUUCUAUUUUGUUUGUUUUUACUCCUGAACUUCCUCUACCCUCAACCUCUCCGAUCAUUUUCAUGAUGUCCAUCCGGUUUGCUUUUAUAUGCCAUAUCUUUCUAACUGUGCUCUUUCACAAAAGCUCUCAACCUAUAACCUAUAUACUUAUUAUGGACACAGUAUGCUUACAUUAUUAGUUAUCUUGUUGUUAUUAGUUGUUAUUAGUCCCAUCCUUCAACUCCAUUCAACACCACCCAUCUAUCGCUUAACACCAUCCAUAUUGGAUUUCUAUUUGCCAUAUAUUUUUCAACUGUACUGUGAUGUUUUACAAAAGUUCUGAACCUUUCUAUUCUCAUUGUUUCUACAGAUUGUAAAUUGAAAAUAUUAUUUUUUGCUAAAAGUAUUAUUAUAUUAUUGAUCGAUUGACUAUUACUUUUCAGAUCACCCAGUAAUGCUAUCUGCAGGGUUAGCUCCAGGUAAAUAUUGCAAUGCUUUAGCCAUUCCUGGACCUGUGUCCAAAAACAAGCUACAAAUGGACAGUACUAAAACAAAUGAUCGAAUGAUUCUGUCUCUUCGCAGCAAAAUCUGUAGAGCUGGGAAGAUUGUAUCCCCCAUAUAAAUAACAUUCUAUUGGUAGCAAUAAUUGUAUAUAAUAAUUUUUGAAUCCGGCGUCGUUUUGCGUAUUAGUUCAUAAACACUUUGCCAUGGGAUCGGUACGUCAAAAAUCUCUUCCCAACUAUUUUGCAAUCUAUAUGGGAUGGCUGUCAAUCCUUUGGUCCUUAAAUGAAACUGGUAUACUUUUUUAUUUAUCACAGUUUUUUUAACCUAUUAUGUUCUUUAAUGCAAGCCGACAGACAAGUUCCUUACAUUUUCCCCCUUCCACUUUCCUCUUCCAUUUUUGCGGUAAUGCUGCAAUUAUUUGGUUGUAAUUUUGGGUAGAGCAGACAUUUCCAUAUGUUUUUGUUAGCUGCAUGUGCAACAACUCCACCAGUCCUACCGAUGAUAUCAUUUACGAAGAUUAUACCUUUUUUAAACAAAAUGUUUGUCUUAAAGAAAUGUGAGAUAAUGUCUAGAUACUUUUUAUAGUGGAGAUCAAGUUUAUAAAUUGCCUGGCUGGGCUGAUGAGACAGUGGAUUGUGCAGUCAGAUGGAACAGAGUAAAUAGUCAUUUUAAAGUCAUAGAUUUAGCCGGUGGUAACUUGUGGAAUAGACACCGGCUGGAAUGCGGUUUUAACCAAUCAGGAUUAGACCCAACCAUUAUAUAAUACUAUAUAUCCCCCACUGCUGUGUGUCCUCUGUCCCCAUGUGUGAUAAUGCCUGUGUGCUGGCAGUGGCAUCGCUCACUAUCUUUAUCAUGUUAAACCUUCUCCAUGGUGGAUUAUAGAGCAGGUCAGCAACAAGACAUCACAAAACUCACUUUACCCAGUGGUCUCAGUCUACCACUAGGGUAUGGUUUCUUUCAACUUUUUUUUUGUAUUAUAUUUUACCAGGUUAGUCUCAUUGAGAUAAAAAAAAUAUAUUUUGCAAGAGAGACCUGGCCAAAAAGCAGCACAGAAAGUUUCAAACAUUUACAACAAAAAACACAAAACACUACUGUUUAAAACAUCAGUUUACACAUUGAACAGGCACAUUUGUUUUGGGAGGAGUGGUUCAACUAGGGGUCGACAUUGACAGCCCCCUAAAGCAUUUUACACCAUAACCUUUACCCUAGCUUUAAAAUCAUUUAAGGAGAAAAGCACCUGAAGUUUCAUGUCCUUUUGUAGCUUGUUCCAAGUAGAGGGGACAGAGUACUGGAACGCUUUUUAACCUAGCUCUGUACGGGCCUUAGGCACCGCCAAGGAGAUACAGUCCUGCGAGCGUAGGUGAUAAUUGUCCUUAGUCUGCUGGACAAUGUAGGUACACAGGUAAAAUGGGAGCGGUCUCAGUAUGGCCUUGUAAAUAACAACAUACCAAUGACUUAGUCUCUGAAGAGCUAAGGAAGGCCAUCCCAAUCUGGUAUAGAGGGUACAAUGAUGGGUGAAAGCAUUGGAGUUUGUAACAAACUUCAGCGCCCCAUGGUACACAGUGUCCAGCAUAUGUAAUGACGCCACAGGGGCAAACAUUUACAACGUAUCACCAUAGUCGAUUACAGGCAAAAAGGUAGUGGAAACGACUCUCUUUCUCGCAUCAAAAUAAAAACAUUGAGCCUGAGCUUUUUCACAAGACCAUCAAUAUGAGUUGUAUUUAUGUAAGCAUGGACUAUCCACUGUAAGGAGAAAACAGUCUUGACCAGCUUUAUGCCUCAUUAGUGUCUGUAGAAUAGAGGUACUAUACACUCGGGGCCUCCCGCCUAUGUCAUUUUGUCAUUGGCUCCCAUAUCUCUCUUUCUCAGAGGAGGAGGCUGACUUUCUGAGUGGUGUGUCCACUCGGCUGACUACAGUCUUCACAUAGACACUCACAGGUGAAUCACAGGGCACAUAUCUCUUCAGUGUAGUGUUUUUGGACAAGCCAUUAUGUCCCUUUACCCUGCCUAUGUCAGCACUGCCUCUCCUUGCAUACGGAGCCAGAGAGGUCAGAGCCAAGUGCUCAGCUUUAAAAAUGCAUCGGCCCACAAUACAGAUUCCAUUAUUUCUUACACAUAAAAAAACAGUCCUAAUGAUCUAUUAUUAAUGCUAAAAUGUAUUGAUUAAUUCAUGAAAACUAUAUGUCCCUUCCUGGUCAUGGACUGUAAUAAAAAUGGUAGAGAUUUCAAUGCAGCGGCUUCUCUCUCUCAACAGGCCUCUGUGUGUAAUUCUGGUCUUCAGUACGAAGGGCCAGAGAUACCUGCGCAUCGGGCUGGCUGUGCCUCUCUUUGGCUCGAUGGCCUUUCUGAGAAGGAUGUUGGCGGAUGAGGGGAAGAUCUCCCCAGACCAGGUAGGUGAUCUUGUCUCACUCUUCUUGAUGAUGCACACCAUCCUCAGAUUCACUCUCACUCCAUUUUCCAAGUCUCUGAUUAAAUAAGAUAGAUACUCUUGCUAUCUCUCGCUCUCUCUCUCUUCCUCUCGCCCUCUUUCCUUCAGGUGAUCCUGACAGAGAUAUACACCACAGGCUUUCAGCGCUCCUUCUUUGAUGAGGAGGAUCUGACGUGCAUAGCCGAGACUGACAUCAUCUAUGCCUUCCAGGCCCCGCCCCUAUACAUCAGAGGAGGCUCUGCACGAUUCUCAGGUAACUGUAGCAACAACUACGUAUUCCAGGGACAUUCAGAUCAAUAUAAUCACUAUCAACCAAGAUCAUCCAAUAGAAUCUGUCCCUUUUCCAUUUCAGUCCCA